AUGGCAGACAGUCCGGAGAUCGAUGCCAUCUUUAAGCUUGUUAAUAUUGUCGCCGGAGUUAGGGCCAUAAAAGGCCUCCAUGAACCCUUUCAGGCCGAUGUGUUUGUCGUUGUCAAUCUCCCCCGGCAACUCUCUGAGCUCCCCCGUCACCUUGGCGGCGAACUGCCGGAGCGCGAACUUGAGGGCCUCGGCGUACUGCCUGCGCGCGUGGGUGGUGAGUUUGUCGGUGGCUUGUUUUAUGUCCUUCCUGACGUCUUCCUGCAGUUGUUUGAUGUAGUGAUUUUGGGCUUUUGUCAAGUACGCAAGCAGAUCGUUGGUCUUCUGAAUAGGCUUUUCAGCCAGUUCGUUUCGGAGAUUGGUGAUAUUGCUGUGUAUUUUAUGAAUGCUGUUCGCAUCCUUACCAGGUUGUGUAAAGUAUUUGUUCUUUAA